AUGAUCUGUAUUAUAGUGUUGUUCUUUGUUUGCGUUAACGGUUUGGAUCAAAAUGUUACCUGUCCAUAUAUUACUCCUAGGGAAGUAGAUUUAAAAGAGCUGGAUGGAAAAUGGCAUAUAGCAGCAGUUGCGACAGAUUUAGAAAUAGAAGGAGAAUGCGCGACCAUCCUCUUCAAUCAUAAAAGCAACAACACGACGGACGUGUCAAUCAGUUGGAUUGUAAACAACUCAGUUAGCUUCUACAAUGGGUCUGUGGCUUUGACUGUAGAUGACAGCGGUGGUGACUUGUUACUAGUAACCUACACGGAUCAGAAAUCAGAAACGUAUUCAAUAUUGGAUGUAAAUUACGAGCACUAUGCGGUAAUAUUUGCAUGUUACAACAAUUCAGAUGGAAACAGCAGUACUUAUGAAUUAUGGGAACUCACAAGAAUGCCCCACGUGAAGAAAAUGGAUGCAACAAAAAUCGACCAAGCUAUUGCCAAUUACAAGUUGGAGGACACGCCCUUAUUACACUUUAAUAAUACGGAAGAUACGUGCAGAAUUAAUAGUGGAAGCCUUUUAAGUCCUGCUUCAUUGAUUCUUACGUCUACGGCUGCUAUUACACUGUUUAGGCGGUUAUAUUAA